AUGGCUGUUUUGAAGCGGAAGGAAUGGUCUUCGUUUCCAUGCCCCGAACGUGAAGUUCAACUUGGCUUUGUUUUGGCUUGUGGGCAAUCAUUUAGAUGGACAGAGGUUUGUCCAGUUCAAACUUUGGCUGCUGAAGGAGUUGAAGAAAAACUGAAAGAGUUGGGAUUUGGUUAUCGUGCUAAAUACAUUAACAAAACUGCCCAGUACAUUAACUCAAUGAAAGAAAGGGAAAAUUGGCUCCAUAACCUUCGAUCUGAACCAUAUGAAGAUGCUAAAAAACAACUUCAAGAAAAAUUAAAAGGUGUUGGGCCCAAGGUAGCAGACUGUGUGUGUUUGAUGUCAUUGGAUAAGCCUGGAGCCAUUCCUGUAGACACCCAUAUUCAACAAAUUGUUUCCAGGGAUUACUCACUUAGACUCAGAGAUAAAACAUUGACUAAAAGAAACUAUGAUGAAAUAGGAAAACAUUUUCGAGAUCUAUUUGGAAAAUAUGCUGGCUGGGCACAAGCAGUUUUGUUUGCUGCUGAAUUGAGGAGAUUCAAGAAAAAUGAUCCAGGUCUAAAGAAAGAAAUUCCAACAGUCCCAGAGAAAAAAAGAAAGAAAACUAAAAAGAAAGAAACAAAAUAA